UCUCCUCCUCUCCACUUCAUUUCCUCAUCCGGCGUCAGGGCACGACAUCAUCAAUCCCGACGAUUGAGCAUUGCAGGACGGAUCGCGGAUUGCGGAUUGCGGAUCUCAUCAUGGCCUCGUCGUCAAAGGCGCCGGCGCCCGUGUCGUCGACGAUGCCAGGUAGUCGGAGCGGCCGAACCCCACAUUACCACGACGAUGCAGCAGCGAAUCAACCACCAAUUGCUUUCCCAUCUGUGCCGGUCAAACAUGGCAACUCGUCUUCAUCUUCUUCUCCCUCAUCACCUACAACGACGUCAACUCUUUGGCGCUCCCGGAGCAAGUCAAGAAAGAACUCAGGCCCGCCCUCGUCGCCUACCAUGCUUCAAGGCCCCAUUCACCUCAUCGAUGACCGCUGGAACAGUCCGCGUCGAGCACCCAGGCCUCCAGCAGAGAUGUCCGAAGCAGGCAGGUCGCUAAUGUACUCGCUACCCGCUAUCGAUCUCGGUGCUCCCAGCCAGAAUGGGCACCUCAAAAGGCUUGGUACCUCCUCAACAGCCGCAGGAGACGACGAGCCGCCGCUGCGCGUCGCGUCUCCCCUCAAUCUCCCAACCAUUCAGCCUCGCGAUGAGAGCAUUGGCUGCCUUGGCCACUCGAACAAGAGCAAGGGCAAGUCCAGGGCCGUUGACAGCACUCCACGCUCUCCAAUUCAACGCGCAACAUCGCCUCCAACUUCACCGCGAAUGUGCAACUCCAGCAGACGCGUUGCGAGUCCGACCGUCGUAGGAGCGUCGCCUCCGUCACCUACGCGUCGAAACGACCGGAAUGUAGGCGUUUCUACCUCAUCACCCUCGCCUCCGAAGAUCAGAAAGCGGCCCUUGCUGCCGAUGGCUUAUCAUCACCAGACGCCGCAAGCCCUGCCUGGAUCCCCGACAUUUGCAGCUUUAAUUGCCAGGGAUCGACAACUUGCCUCGCCUUCGCCCCUUUCGCCGAGAGUCAUGUCGCCCUUCGGCACUGAAUCUACGUCAGCUGCUGUUACUUCUGCCGCUUCAUCAAGGCCCUUGUCGCCGGGAAACGAGACUCCGCUCGACAAGCCAGAGCUUCCUCGACCAUUGAUCCCAGCCAAUCAGCAAGAGAUGGGCGUCAUCAUGGCGGCGGGAAACCAUCAGCGACGCCGCAAUCGCAGCGCAGGUGACAUCCUGGACUUGGCCCAAGUAGGCCUCACACGGCGACCGAGCAACCAAUCAACCUCUACGACGCUUUCGCGCGGAUCUCCAGUCAAUCGACCAAAUGGACAGCGAAUUCGCCUCAAUUCUCUGCCUUUGAACACCCUCGAAGGCGCCUUGCCACUGUCUGCCCCAGCUUCAGCAACGGCGACAAUGGCUCCAGACGGCUCAAGCACGCCUGCGCAACCUUUGUCGACGAGCCACAGCGCAGACAAUUUCCCUCGAGCCAUGCAUCGCUUUCCAUCGCAACGCGAUCUUUCUUCCUCCUCGCAGCGACAGCUUCGGUCGUCCAGCAGCAAGUCUUCGCUCCAGCAGCUACGUAUGGCUAUGCCGACGGGUUGGGCGAAGGGAUUCUUGAGAAAGACACCUGCAUCACCCUCCACCGCUGGCGCUGCCAAUACAAACAGCGAGGAAACACAGCAAAUGAGCGCGACUCCGUCACCCAAUCGUGCCGAGUCCGCAAGCAACCGCUACCGACCAGGAGGUGGAUCGCCCUUUAGCGUAUGGAGGAGACAGCCGAACGCAGCCACCGUAAACGAUGACGAUGAUGAAAGUUCGCUCUUCGGAGGCCCAUCUCACGAGGACGCUUAUGACGGAACGCGCUCGCCUAACCCCAUGCUGAGCGGAUCACAGCCGCAUCAGGCCAAGGCGCGUCAACGUCUCCCGAGCAUCGAGGGGCCAGAAGAGAACAGCCUCUCUGUCAAUAGAGUCAGAUCGAAGCGUAGCCUCAAGAGCUUACGUGACAAGGUCGCUAAAGCGGCCUCGCCCAACAAGGUUCUUCCACCUCCCUCUUCGCCGCCUCAGUAUCAUUACAGGCCCGCUGCGAAGUCACAGCCUACACCGCCGCUGCCCAAAGCGCACGUACCGGCUCGGAUAGCUACCGACUACGGCAAGCUCCCCAAGUACGAGUUAGCGUACAACAAGCCUCUGCCUAGCCCUCAAGGCCCCAGCUUCCUCACUGACCUGCAAGGGAUGGUCGACUCGUCGGGAGACAGCUCCUACAGGUCCUCUGCACACAAGCCUAAGCAACUGAGCUCGUCCAGCGAUGGACGCUCGGCAGGCACCAACGCAAAAAAUGACUUAGUGCAGCAGCCUCUGCCCAACGUGGCAGUCGAAGAGGAUUUGCGUGCUCCUGAUCGCCCAUGGCAGAUUGACACCGUCAUCAAUCGGGGAUCUCCCCUCUUUGCGCAUGAGGAAGAGGGAGGCGUAGCAGGUGAUGCCUUGCGCGCUGCCGGUGAGAAGGAGCUAGGGCCAUUUGCCGCGACUUUGCCAGCUAGCGCACAUCAGCACCGACCUGAUGAGAUCGCGACAGGCUCCGAAGAGUGCAUGCAAGAAGGAGGCGCCCCGCUCGAGAAGCGCGAGGAGGAUUUGCAGCGGCAGCCGCACGCAACAACGGACGCAGAGCCUUCUGCUCAUCCUGAGAUGCCCUCGCGCGAUCGUCACGAUUCGCAACCUCACCCUUACUCAUCCGCUUCUCGCCACGCGUCGCAUCGCACCAGGGUCAGCGGCACUGCUAGCGCCUGCAGCGAAGAUGUCGAGGCUAUGGCGCACAUGGACCUCGGCGAGCUGCUCGAAGGCUACCGCAGGAAGAGAGACAGCGUGAAUUCCGUUUCUGGUUCACACGAGCCGGGAAGCGAUCAGCGUGUGCCGCACCCCUACACGUAUGUGGCCGCCGCUUGGAGGGAGAAAAUUCGAGCCGACGAGGAAGCGCGAAAUCAGGAAAAUGACGAUCAUGAAGACGUUGCUGCUCUACAGCGUGGAAUCGGCACCAUGCAGGCGUCGACUAUUCCGACGACGACGAAGCCUGCGUCUCGUCCUGCAUCCGGGUCAAAAGCCGACCCUGCAGCUAUGAGACCGAUGAGCAAGCCCGUAUCGAUGGCCUCGUCUUACGGAACUUCCUUCGAUGGCGAUGUCAUCUGGGACGGCGCGUCGACAGCCAUGUCGACGUUGGCUGAGCUUACUGCUGCAGACGAAGAGGAAGAGGAAGGGAGGCAGCAGGCAGCAAGAGAAGUACAGAUUGGAGACGCCGACAGGACGCAGCUUCCAGAGCAGCAAGCAGCCGAUGCUGCGCCCGCCUUUGCGAAGAUCGACGGCUCGAUGUCAGCGAAGGAGACUGCGACCGCGCACGCUGAGGUUCAGCCUCUGCCAAGGCGACGAGCUGGUGGGCAUGCCUUCCGCUUCCCUCGCCCGCCAGGACAGACGAACGACGGCAGCUUGUCUGCCCCUGUGACUUCCGCACAGAGCGACACAAGCUCGGCGCUGGCGUCUUCGACAGAUCGACCAUCAGACGGAGGGGAGGCCGCGAAUGGGUCUUCUCAAGGGCAUCAUGGUCAUGCAUCAACGCCCUCUCUCUCUUCGUCUGUCUCCGCUUCGACAGCUUCGCACGCCACAACAAGCACGACGAGCGGUAGUGCAGGUCACCCCACGUCUGCGCUCGCGAUGACAAGCAUGACAGCACCAGUCACAGCCUCGCCGAGCCUUCCGUCGGCGGCGGCGCCGAUGCAAUACGGGUCUGCGCCUUCUUGGAUCUCCCCUGUCUCUCCGAACGACGACAAGAGCGGAGCACGAUCCUUCGUCUCACCAACCGUCACACCUCCCCUCCCAUCGAGCGCUAUCUUCUCUUCCUAUCACCAUCAGCCUCCAAUUCGGUCAGCUCGCUCUCGCACCGAGUCGGGAAAGAGCCACAAGAGCACCAGCAGUCUCGGGUCUAGCAGUGUAGCAAGCAGCGCGGCCACGGGCGCGACAGAGUACUCAGCCAGAUUUGUGCAGGCACUGAGUAAUGCGCGACAUCACGACCAACAUCAGAUGAAGCCCUUGACGCCCGUGGACAGCGAGCCUGUCGAUGCGGAGCAAGUCAAUGUGCGGAGGGACGGCAAGGAGGAGAAAGGGGAAACCGGAACUUCGACGGACAAGUCGCCUGAAGGGACGCAAGCGCAGGCGCAAGCGGUACCUUCAUCGUCCUCUAUGCCAGGUCAUCGUCGUCUCAAGUCGUCAAUUGACCUGCUGGAGAAAGCGGGCAUGGCGACGAUUGGCGAGCACUGAGCUCGGAGGACGAUUUACAGGCGGAGCGAUUCUAUGUUACGUUCGGGAAGCAAUGUAUUGCCGGCUUGCACACAAAGGGAUGGCAAGGAAGCAGCGGGGACUUGUAUGUACAAAUUAUUUGCACCUCAAUGUAGAAUACGUGGAACUAGCUCGCAGCAGCCGCAGGCCGAAGAGCAGACAGGGAAGGCCCCACUUCGAGGCGAGGCAAG